AUGAACCCAGGGAAAGGAGGUGGUCGUUGGGCCGGACGAGAAGGACAAGAUUUUUUGUCGCAAGUCGUCGAGUCUUCGUGCGUGGAUUACGCCGGGAUACACGUUUGGCCGGACGCCUGGGACGUCGAAACGCCCGAGUUUCAAAAGCAAUUCAUUUUGAACCGAGCGAAACUCGUAAACGGAAAGAAACCAUUCGUUUUGGAAGAGUUUGGUAUCAUCGUCGGGAAAUCACCGGAAGAGAGAAAAGAGGACAUGAAGAAGCGAGACAUGUAUUUCAAAAAUGCGUUCGAAACGACCGAGAAACUCGCCAAGGAGAACAAAAUCAGCGGCUCGAUGUUUUGGCACUUUUACGAUGAAAAUGUCGGCCCUGGUCGGUUCGGCGUUCGAACGAGCGACGCGUCGACGUGGAAAAUGAUUGAAAACCACGCCAAGUUUAUGGCUCGAUUGAGUGGAUUGCAAACGAGUUGCCCCGUCGCCGCGGAGAACGACGUUUCUACUCAAUCUUCUUCGUAA